AACGGUUUCAAAGUGGUAGCGUCAACUGAAAGUUACACGAUAGGCUGCGCCAGGACUGCCAACAUGUCCUCUUUCACAACGCUGCAGUCGUUAGGGCCAGUUCGCGCAGGCCACGAGAUCAAUGUUCAACGUUUGCAAGCAUACCUGCGAAAUAGGCUACCUGAGUUGUUUGCAGGAGCUGGUUCCGAGGCGACCCUGCAGGUUCACCAGUUCAGCCAUGGCCAGAGCAAUCCGACUUUCUUGGUGUCACUUCCCUGGUCUGGCCAGAAGCUGGUGCUGCGCAAACAGCCACCUGGAAAGCUUCUGGCAUCAGCGCACGCUGUGGAUCGCGAGUAUGCUGUCAUGGCAGCACUGAAGCCCUUUGGCUUCCCGGUUCCCAAGGCGGUUCACCUUUGCACCACCACGGAGCCGUUAGGUACUCAGUUCUUCCUGAUGGAUUGCGCCGAGGGGCGCAUUUUCCUCGACCCUAACCUGCCGGAGCUGCAGCCCCAGCAGCGCUCCGAAGUUUAUCGUCACAUGGCGCAGGUCUUGGCCUCGCUCCAUUCCCUGGAUCCAACUGCUCUGGGCCUGCGUCCCGGCUUCGGCAACCCGGACGCUUACUGCGCCCGGCAGCUACGUCGCUGGACCCAGCAGUACCAUGCUUCCGUGCCGCAACCCAGCCCGCAGGUGCUGCGGCUCAUUGCCUGGCUGGGCGACCACGUGCCCCCCUGCGAUGCCCGCCCGCCCCGUCCCGCUGUCGUACACGGGGACUACCGCCUGGACAACAUCGUAUUCGCAACCGCUGCUGACGUGGAGGCCCGCCCGGCAGCUGCAAGCGCAACUGUGUCGUACAAUCCGCUUGCCGUACUAGACUGGGAGCUUAGCACGCUGGGGAACCCCUGGGCGGAUGUCGCCUACAACUGCCUGCCGUACCAUCUGCCGCCCAACCUAACCGCCAUCCAGCGCCUCCGCCGCUCACCCACCCUGCCGGCCGGCAUCCCCAGCGAACGCGAGUACCUCUCCUGGUACUGCGCCGCCGCCGGCGUGCAGCCCCCGUCGCCCGCCGACUGGGCCUUCUACCUGGCACUCAGCCUCUUCCGCCUGCUCGCCAUCCUGGCGGGCGUGCAGGCGCGCGCAAGGCAGGGCAACGCCUCCUCCGCCAACGCCCUGCGCGUGGCGUCGGAUGAGGUCCUAGCAGCGCUGGCGGAGGCGGCGCUGGGCAUCAUUGCCGCGGCGGAGGCGGCGGAGCCGCCUCCGCCGCCGAAGGCGGCGGCAGCUGCGCCGCCGCCAGCCGCCGGCGAUGACACGGCGCUGUUGGGUGUGAGUGCGCGUGCCGGGGCUCUGCGGGCGCGGCUGUCGGCCUUCAUGCAGGAGCAUGUGUACCCCGCUGAGGAGGUGCUGGAGGCGCACGCGAUGGGGCCGCUGGAGAGCCGCUGGAGCAUCCACCCGCUCAUGGAGGAGCUCAAGCGCAAGGCGAAGCAGGCUGGCCUAUGGAACCUAUGGCUGCCGGCUCCCUUGGCCGCCCGCCUAGAGUGGCUUCGCGAGCACCUGCUGCAAAGCGGUGGCGAAUGCCCGGGUGGCGACCCACGGGUCGGCGACCCCGCCUCCCUGGACGCCGGCGUGCUGCUGGGCUCGGGGCUGACCAACCUGGAGUACGCACACCUGUGCGAGCUGAUGGGGCGCAGCGCCUGGGCGCCCGAGGUCUUCAACUGCUCCGCUCCGGAUACGGGCAACAUGGAGGUCCUAGCCAAGUACGGCAGUCGCGAGCAGCAGCUGACGUGGCUGCUGCCGCUGCUGCGGGGGCGCAUCCGCUCCUGCUUCGCCAUGACCGAGAAGGCGGUGGCCUCCUCGGACGCGACCAACAUCACCGCAAGCAUCACACGCAGCGCCUGCGGGGGCAGCUACGAGCUGAGCGGUGUCAAGUGGUGGACCAGCGGCGCUAUGGACCCGCGCUGCAAGGUGGCGAUCUUCAUGGGCAAGACUGACCCACGGGCCGCCACCCACAAGCAGCAGUCCAUGGUGCUGGUGCCCAUGGAUGCGGCCGGCGUGCGGGUGGUGCGGCCCAUGCUGGUGUUCGGGUACGAUGACGCGCCGCAUGGACACGCGGAGGUGCACUUCACCUCGGUGACCGUCCCCGCCGCCAACCUCAUUCUGGGCGAGGGCCGCGGCUUCGAGAUCGCCCAGGGCCGACUGGGUCCGGGUCGGCUGCACCACUGCAUGCGGCUGGUGGGGGCGGCGGAGCGCGCCAUGGGCCUCAUGACGCGGCGCGCACAGGAGCGGCGUGUGUUUGGGGGGCCCCUGGCGGCACAGGGCGCCUUCCGGGCUCAGCUGGCGGAGUGCAGGAUCCAGCUGGACUCUGCUCGGUUGCUGGUGCUCGCAGCGGCUGACAGUCUGGACCGGCGGGGCUUCAAGGGCGCAGCGGGAGCCAUCGCGGCUGCCAAGGUGGCAGCGCCCAACGCAGCGCUGAGGGUCAUCGAUGCCGCCAUCCAGGCCCACGGCGGCGCCGGAGUAAGCCAGGACUUUGUGCUGGCGCGGCUGUGGGUGGGCGCACGUACGCUGCGCAUCGCAGACGGCCCGGACGAGGUGCACCUGGCCACCAUUGCGAAGCUGGAGCUGGGACGGGAGGAGAGGGCACGGCAGCAGCAGGGGAGAGAGCGGGCGGAGGGCUUGGGACUGGGGUUGCAGGCCAAGCUUUGAUGAGCGGCACGUAAGGGGGCGGGUGGUCGGGUCACAUUUGCAGCGGCAGUGGUCGGCCGGCAUUUAGUGCUUUACAAUAGCCAGGGUCUGGCGAGGUGCCUUUGUCUUCAGACGGGAAAGGGUGAAUUUGGUUUGGUAUUGAAGGUGGCGGAGUGGCAACUGCCUUUUGUGGAAGGCAGCGGCCUUACUUGCCAACGGUAUCGCAUGCGCCUUGCUGCAGUGAAAUAGCAUGGCUUGAACUGUCCGAGGGGCUAGAGAGUAGCGACCCAUGGUUCACGAAGGGAAACUGCAAGGGCGUUCGCAUGAUCUGUUCCCUCCGGAUGCUGAGCCACAUAUCAGAAUACCGGUACAUACUAAGCAAGGAAGCAUGGUGUGAAUGUCGGAUGUGCGGAGCCGUGGGGAGGAAAGGCUUGGGCUGCAAGGCUUGUCGGCUGGC